GUGGGGGGUGGGCCUUUCCUCUUUUGUUCUCUUUCUCCUCUAUUGUUCCUCAAGCAAGGGGGAGGCCGAUGACAUCACGGAUUCCCAUCAGACCGACUCUUUGAAUGCCCUACUCCUUGACGUUUGCAGUUGUCUAAAAAACACUGUUUUGCUCUUUUUUUCUAAUCUUUAGUUUGUGUACUUUAUUGUAUUUAUACAUGGGAUAUUGCUUUUCAACAGUACAAGUUCAAAAAUCACCGGAGGACAUAUUUCAGUGUUUGAUUAAAGGGGCAUUGCAGUUAACUUGAUGUUUUUGUAAUGUCUGGAAUUUCAGCCUGCUCAGGUGGGAUGGAACUUUUGGACCGCAUCAUGACUUCACACUGCUUCCCUGGUUUUAGCACUAAAUCAUUCACUAGCUUGUUGCCUUAGUUGUAGUUUGUGCAAUACGCUUCCUUUCCUUUUUCUUUGUUUCAAACCAGUAUUUCAAGGAUCUCAAAACAAGCUGUUCACCAUACAAUAUAAUAAGUGUUCUACUUAAUUCUGGGAUGCUGACAAACUGAAUUUGUGCCUUGGCCUGCUCAGUUCCCUCUCCCUUAUCCAUUCAUGUCAGUCCCAUCUAAUGAUGUAUAUGUCUACCAUGUCACACAAGUAUUCACUGCCCAGUGAGUGCAGUUUGGCCACUUUAACUGGGUGUCACUAGUGUUAUUAGCAAUUUAUAUGUAGAGAAAAUUAUAUUUAACAGUUUGAGGGAGAAUUGUACUGUUAUAUUGAAUUAUAAUGCCUGAAUGUUUUAAUAAUGUGUGUACUGUAUAAUUUGCAAUAACAUUGAUAAUUUGCAGUUUUCCAUAUUAAUAGGCCAUAUAAUGUGUGCUUGAUUGAUCAUCUUCCUGUUUGAUUCUGGCGUUACAUUCUCGAUGAAAGAAGCAGGCAACCAUCAAUAAUAAGCAUUGCAGAAUCCUGCAUGAGAAAUAUUAUUAUUAUUAUAAUUGUAUUUUUCACAAGCAAACAGGUAGCUGUUGCACCCUGGCCCAGGGUCAUAAUACUGGUCUGAUCUGCAGGCUAUGGUUACCAGUCGAUGGACAUGAGUGUUGCUCCUGCCUGUACUAUCUGCUUCUGUUGAUAGACUCACAGAGUAGAGCUGAUGGUGAUCAGAGAGAACACUGGGUUACUCCUGAAACGGGGGAAAUCCACACCAGUAAGAUCAUUAAGUGAAAAAUAAAUACAUUUAUGAAUUACUCAUUACUUUUACAAAUGACAACCUAUAUUGCAUUGCCUGUGCUGCAUAUGAUUUGUGUGAUCUAAAUGUUGUGACACUGAAGUUGUGACAGUGCUGACUCAUAGCCUGUCCUGGGUUAAAAAAAGCUCAAAAUGUUCAAUGGUUUGCGAUUGCUUUCAAGCAGUGCUUCUGCGUCCUUGAUUGCAGUGUUCCUAGAGAUACUGUGGGGGCGUGUCGCGUUAUCAUCUUUAUGCUAUGCGUGUGAAAAGAAUAGGCUACGUUCGAUACAAUUUAAUGCAAAAGAUAAUGACAAACUAAACUGUGAAUAAGAGAUCAACGAUUGCUUGAUGGUCUGAAGCGGUAUCGACCAAUGGCACCGACAGUCGACCAAACAUCGGACAGUCAUGGCCGGUGGCUCACCAAACAGCAAACGCACUAUGUGACGAAAAAUGAUUUCUAAACACGUCUGAUUAAUUUUGGACUAUCACGGUAUUUAGGUGGAGGCUACUGUCCGUGAGCGGAGUUGACAUUUCGUGAAUGAUGCCAGUUCUGUGUGGAAUCAUAUUUCUGUUUUGGUUAGUGGAUGAGUGCACAGCUUCCAAGAACUACUGCUGGUAUUUUAAAGGAGGCUACCCCAUCUAUUUCAUAUGCCGGUCGUAUGAGGACUGUUGUGGGACGCGGUACUGUGUCCGAGCCCUCUCCAUCCAGAGACUAUGGUACUUCUGAAUGUGUCAUUCACCAGACACCCAAUGACAGCUCCAGGACUGCAGCAGCCCAGCAUGCAGAACUAUGCGGACCCAGGAGGGAUGAUCCUCACCCCUACAGCCCCCAUCCCUACCCCUCCCACUUGGCAGCACCCUACCCCUCCUGCUUACUGCAACCUCCCUCCACCCUAUGAACAGGUGCUGCAGGCCUCAGAGAAGAGGUAA